AUGGCUUCCCAGAGCACGAUACAGUCGCUCUCCAGCAAUCAACUGCGAGCAAGGACCUGCCUGACCUCCACUGCGUUUGGAUGUCGCCUCCCACGACCGCGGCGAGCCGUCCCAGCCCCUGCUCUGGGCGACGACUUGCGAGCCGCGGCAGCCAGCACCGCCAGCCACGUGCGAGGGCUGAUAGAGGAGCAGGAGCUCCGCGAGCGUUUGAGGACGGCAGGCACCGGUGUCGCGCAAGGCGUGAAGGGUGGGCUGGCGAGGACGGGGCGGGCCUUCCAGUCGCUGGACUCCCGGUUCUCCAUCAGGCAGCGGCUGGGGGAUGUGGCUGCCCAGGCCCACCGCGGCGCAGUGGCCGUGGACAGGCAGCUCGGCCUGCGGCAGCGUGCUGGGGACUGGUGGGAGGAUUUCCUGCGCCUCUGGCCGGCGAGGAGACAGCGGCUGCAGGCUCUCAUGCGCACGCCACUGGGAAAGGGCCUGGCCCUCGGCCUCUUCUUGGUGGGCUGCCGGACAGGAUUAGUCAUGCUGGCCCUCAACCUGCUGUUCGCCGCCACUUGGCUCACCCCGCUGGCCCUCAUGCUGCUGGCGCGGGGCGCGAGCCAGACGGCGCAGCGUGCGGCGGCGCAGCAGGCGCAGCGGCAGGCGGCGCAGCAGACGCAGCAGCGCACGAUGUUUGACGCCAUGCUGCGCUCCAUGCGGCGGGGCGGGGGCAAGGCCGCACGGCAACCCCAGGGGUCGGUUGUCGACGUGGAGUGGGACACCGUGGAUGGAUAG